CAUUUGUAUAGCGACAUUAUCUCAAAAUUUUCAAGCAAAAAUGGGCUCUUGCAUUAGCAAAUGCAGGCCAAAAAAGAAGUUCAAGAGAGACUGCAAUUGCAUGGAAGAAGAUUUUAGCCAUGUUCAAGAAAAGCUUGUGAUUUCUCAACCACCUUUACCAAUUCAGAAUCCAGUUUCCCCAUCCCCUUCUGUUGCUUCUAGUACUUCAUUUUCUUCUGUUUCUGGUGCUAAUAGUAGCACUAGCAGUGGAUUUUUAAUGGCUUCGUCAUUAUCAUCUUCGUCGUCGUGUUCAUCUUCGAUUCCGGUCUCCAAGGAUAGGUCAUUUUCCAACGAGUUCUUGUGGUCUUGUGUGAAAGAAAAUCCACAAAUAAUUGGCAGGAAUUUGAUCAAAGGAAAUCUUGAGAAGUCUAAUAUGAACAUGUCAAGUAAAGUUCAUCCUUGCAAGUUUGAUUUGCCCAUCAAACAAGCGAUUCCAGAGAGGCAUGGGGGAUCAACACCAAAGAAAAGAGCUCGAGCAAAUUCGCCCACGCUUGUCAGACAAAAAAGCUUCAGGAAAGAGCCUGAACAUAAGGUGAGUUCUUCUCCUACAUAUCAACUUCCAAGCAGAACUUUGAUGAUGCGAUCGCCUUCACCAAGUCGAAGAUUCACUGGCGACAGCUUUAGAGAUUCACCGAUGAAUACAACAAAAGAGAUUUACUCCAGAAGAGCAGCUGUUCCUAAAGCAAAUUCCAUUAAUCCUAUUCCUACAUCUUCUUCAAUCAUGAGGAAAGACAGUUUUAGGAUUCCACCUAGUCCAAGUUAUGAUGUGGGUAAAAGCAACACAAUCUUGAAGAGUAGGGAGGCUUUGAUCACUCAACAGAUUGGUUCAAGGAAUUCUCCAAUUGCCGUUGGACACAAGGAGGAAAACCAAGAUGUGGAGUCAAUGGUGGUGGAAGAUGUUAACAAUCCGCUUAUUGCCUUGGAUUGUUUUAUUUUCCUGUAAAAUUUGAUUCAGUGUGGAUAUACGCUCUUUAUGGUGUGAUAAUCAUGUCUUUUUCUUUUUCUUUAUUUGUAAACAGAUUGUUAGUAGCAUGUUUACUGAAAAUCUACAAUCACGUAGAUGAAACAGAGAUCAAAUGCAGCUUUUUUUUUUUUUGGGUUGAAUUGACAGAAAUUGAGUGAAUGUCUGGAUUUCUUAUGUUAUUGUAAAACAGAAAUUCCCUGGAAUGGAUGCAA